GGUCAGACAAGAUAGCUUGACUCAUAAGAGUUGUAUCUCAAACAAAAAACAGGCAGUAAAUUUGUUUUGAUUGUAUUAUAAUAAUUAUUACAAGGUUUCUAGAAAGUUAAUUCGAUAAGUGCUACGAUCACAACCGGAAUAAGGCCCAUUAAGUUGACAGGAUUGUUCUAUCUGCAAAGAAAAUGGAUUCUUGCUUCUAUACAUACAACAACACACUGUGGAGGCCAAGCUUGACUAUAUCCGAUAAGAACAGCUUCUUCCAUGCCGCUUUCGGGAUGAGAACCAGUAAGGACGAUGCAUACCAUGAUAAAUACGCAAAAGUAAGACGAAUGCGUUGGGCAACUUUUCUUACUUAUUUUGCAAAUGAAACAAUUCCACCUUCUUUAUUGGAUAUACUAUUAAAGUGUUUGUCCGUAAACGAUAAAUACAGGCAAGUAUUACUUGACGACAAAGUUCUCUUUGAAGACUAUAUAACUGAUGUUAUGAAAGCAGAGAUGGACGUUAUGCUAGAAGACAUUCCUAUCCUGGCAACGUUGGAGAAUAUAAGGAUUAUAGUGCUUUCAGAUAGACGACCAGAUUCGAUUCUUGUUGCAGAACCCAACGCCGGCAUACUCGGUAAUUAUUCAGUUGGUGAAAAGUAUAAAGGAGAAGUUGUCCUGAGUUUGACGGGAAACACUUUUCUCAGGUUAAACCCCGUGGAAGAGGAUCCUGUACGACGGUAUGCCAAAAACAAAAGCAAUGACGGUGCGGAAGACAACACUAUCGAAUCGCAUUUAAAACAAAGAAGCUCCUUUAGGUAUAAAAAAAGCGGCAACGCUGGAAGCGAAGGCGUUCAGUUCCAAGUCAGCCUGUUAACUGUAUGUCUUCUAAACGCACUUCGAACUCUCAAGAAUUGGAAGUUGUCGACGGAAAACGAAGCAGCAGGGAAGUUCGACGAUAUGGUUCUGGAAUGGUCUGAAGGAGCACUGCUACUGCAGGCUAAACACAGGCAGAAUAAAACGAAGAAAAUCACAUUCCAGGAACUGAUGUCGACAAACUCAAAAUGCGACGAUUUCAGCCUGGCGAAAUAUUUCAUCUCGUACCAAGAAAUCAAAAGGAAAUUUAAAAUAAGAAAUGUUAUCAUCUGUAGCAAUGCUAAGUUUGAAGAAAAGGCGCAGGAAUUUUUAAAUAGCCACGUGGUUAGUUCCGAAAGCUUAUUGUACCAUGCAGAGGAUAAUAACACAUUUUAUACAUUUAAUGACAAAAUCUUGACUCAUUUAAAGCAAAGCGUAAAUAGUUACUACGAAAAGAACUGCGAAAGCAAAAGUAUACACGAUGAAAUAAUUAGGGAAGAAAAUUUGUACAAUUUUUUAAACGAUCUACAAUUUUACCCCAAUUACCCUUCAGGACAACACAUGCGGAAAGCUAUUGGGCAACUGUUGCUUCUUGUGAAAUAUUCCCGAGAUUUACGCCAUCAAAUCUAUGAUAAUGUAAUGGACUGGUUUCAACAAAGGAACGGUAUAUACUUUACAGAAGUUCACGCUAAAGCCAAAUUUUUAGAAUUCCGCAGAGAUAAAUACUGGCAAGAAUUGAAACAAUACGAUGUGCUCUUCAAGAAUAACGAUAUAAAUUUUCAAGAUCAAACGCGAAUAUACAACAUUAUUGUAGAAGAAGGGCAAUUGUUACAUAAAAUAAAAAUACAUCACGCUUUGAGUAAUAAUCAAAUGAGAACAUUGUAUUUCAAUGAUGAGAAUAACCUCAAAGCACAGCGACAAAUAUUAGAAGCAUUUGAAUUGUCGGAUUAUACUUUUCUAGUAAUCAUAAGUUUUAAAACUGAAUCUCUAGUAGAGGAAAUAAGAAAUAGAUUGGAAACAAUUUUAAAUGAAUUCGAAUUCAAGAAAGUUAUACUGCUGACAGACAGCAAACAAAAAACCUUUGUAUCAGAUAAAUUAACGUGUAGUGUCAACGAUAAGAUUGUGACAUUUGGGGAUCUUUUAGAAGCAACUCAAAUGAAGUUGUUGCUGAAGAAGAAUAUUAUAUUUCAAGGAGAAAGAGUGACCUUGCAAGACUUAAUCGGGACUAAACUAACCAAAAACUAUGAACACAUUUUGAAACCGGAAAUAUUGGAGAAGCUGAUAAAAGACAAAGACAUUAUAGUGGGGGCGCCACUGUUGAAUUUAGAAGAAAACUUUACAAAGUUCUACAUAAAUCGCAAAUUUAAAAGAAACGUUUUGAAAAGCGAGAAUUCAAAGAAAAGAGCUAACCCAUCAGAUCAGAUUUUGUACGAGGAAACCAUUUACGAGGUAAACGAAAAAGUGAUAUUAAUCUCAGACUGUGCCGGAAUGGGAAAGAGCACAGUACUGACAAAUAUAACACAGUUUAUAAAAAGAAAAAGACCCCGCUUGUGGGUCAUCAGAGUCGAUCUUAACUACUACACUAAAAUUUUAAUGGACUCUUUGGAAAAUAAUAGAGAAACCAUAACUAUGCUGGAACUGUUGAAUUCUAAACAUUCGACAAGAUUGACGAACCAAUUAGAAAAAGAUAUAUUUUUAAUGAAGGGAAAAGUUGUGUUGAUCCUCGAUGGAGUAGAUGAAAUCAGCCCUGAUUAUACAGGACUCGUUCUUGGAUUACUUGUGGAGUGCAAGGAAGCACCCAAUUAUGCCAAGGUAUUUGUAACCACAAGGCCUCAUAUGAUUCGAGAAUUGGAAGCAAAACUUCAAGUGAAAUCAUUUUCACUGCAACCUUUUACAGAGCAUAAUCAAAUAGAUUUUCUUGUGACGUACUGGAUGCAAAAUUUGAAAGCCGAUUAUUGGAAAAGAGGGAGGUGCGAACAGUAUGCCAAGGCGUUGAUAUCGAAGAUGUCCUCUUGGAUAAAGUUGUACCACUGUGGAGAAAAUCACUUUGCCGCCAUACCGUUGCAAGUCAGGAUGUUGGCGGAGAUUUUUCAGGAGCGGUGGACGAAAUCAACGGAUUGGGAAGUAUGUAAAGAUUAUUUAAAUGGACAUCGCCUAGAACCAGAACUGCCAGAAAUAACGAAUAUAAAAAAUUUGUAUGACAUGUUUAUACAAAAGACGCGGGACUUGUUCAUAUAUAAAGGUAAUCCCAAUGGCAAUCCUACGGCAAAUGAUGCGUUAAUCAGACAAUUUAACGUAUGUCUUACUUGUCACAGACAUCUCGCCCUGAAAGUGAUCCUAGACAAACGCAAAUUUGAUUUAUUCUCAAAUUACAAACAAUUCGAUGAAGAUGUAGAAAAAAACUUAUUAAAGAUCGGAAUUGUGCACAGAUUCGAUGAUAAAUUUCGUUUCGUCCACAGGACUUUCGCGGAAUAUUUUGUCGCCGAAAGUAUUCUUGAGGAACUGCAUAAUAAAAAUCCAGAGUUUCAGAAGUUGCUGAUAGACGAAGUAUUAGUAAAUCCCGAAUUCAAUGUUACCCGGGCAUUCUUUAACAGUUUUCUACAAACCGCAAAUUCUUUACCAACUAAUACUUUCGAAAUCUACCAAUCCCAAACAUAUCUGAGAAAUUCAACUUACCAUGAUGAACUCAUUCACAUCCUGGCGAAGGACGGCUGCAUAGAAAUCCUCAAACUUAUUCUCAAGUGCAUAGAUUUUAAAAUAAGUAGAGCUAAAGAACUCACUGUACCAAACAAUGAAUAUAAAAAUGAAAGAAGCAACAUGUUAGACAAUUUACAAAGUCUUGUAAGACUAGGUGGAAUUAACAUCGAAGAUAAGAAUGGUAAUACACCUCUGCACUAUGCUGCUAUGGAAAACCACAAAGAUAUGGUGAAGUUCUUAGUCGAUCAAGGCGCAAAUGUCAACAGUGUGAACGAAAAUGGUUACCUGGCUAUACAUUUAGCUGCUGAACUGGGCCAUUUGGAUACUGUAAAAUUCUUUUGGGAGAAUAAAAUCAACAUUAAUACUCCAAAUAAGAACAACCAAUCGGUGCUCCAUUUGGCCGCCAAAGGAAGCAGAUUGGACAUCGUCCAUUUCCUCUUGAGAAACGGCAUAGAUAUUAAUAUCCAGGACAGUGAGAGCCGCACGGCAUUGCAUUUCGCCGCUGAACGCGGUGGGUUGGGCAUUACCAAGUUACUUGUCCAAGCUGGGGCUGAUAUUAACGCUAGAGAUGGAGAAGGUCGUACCUCGCUACAUUUAGCUGCUGACUGGUGCCAAUUGGAAACUGUCAAAUUCCUUGCGGAGCUCGGCGGGAACAUCAAUUUUAAGGACAAUUGUAGUCAUACACCACUGCAUUUAGCAGCUUUAAGAGGCCAUUUAGACAUUGUUACUUACCUUGUAAAACUUGACGCAGACAUUGACAUUAAAGAUGACAUUGGACGUACAGCGUUACAUUUAGCUGCAGAAUGGGGUGCCUCGGAUAUUGUCAAAUUUCUUGCGGAACUUGGUGCAGAUAUUAAUACCGGAGAUAAUUACGGUCGCACGGCAUUGCAUUUUGCUACCAGGGACGGGGACAUUGAAAUUGUCAAAGUUCUUGUGAAACUUGGUGUAGAUAUUGAUACUACAGAUAACGAUGGUUUGACAGCACUAUAUUCGGCUAUUUAUCACGAACAAAUGGACAUUGCAGAUUUCCUUAUAAUAUGUGGAGGUAAUAUCAACAUUAAAGACAACUUCGGUCGAUCAGCACUACAUUCAGCUAUUUUGCGGGAACAAACGAACAUUAUCGAAUUCUUUGUGAGACAUGGAAAAAGUGUGGAGACGCUGCAUUUGGCUGCUUCACUUGGACAACUGAACAUAGUCAAAUUUCUUAUUGAGCGCAGUGUAUAUGUUCAUGGUAUAGACUGCGAUGGACGGACUGCACUACAUUUAGCUGCUUCACAAGGACAUUUAGACGUAGUUAAAUUUCUUGCUGGACAUGGGGGAGGUGCAAAUAUUAGAGACGAAGCCAACCAAACCGCACUGCAUUUGGCUGUUUUACAGGGACAUUUAGACAUCAUCGAAUUUCUUGUCGCACAUGGCGGAGAUAUUCAAAUUAAAGACAAAGCCAAGCAAACGCCACUGCAUUUAGCUGCAGAACAAGGACAUUUCCACGUUGUCAAAUUCCUUGUUGAACUUGGUCUACCUCUUGGUAGUAGAAACAUUAAUGGCUUCACGGCACUACACUUAGCUGCUUCCCAUGGACAUUUGGACGUCCUAGAAUUACUUAUGAGACGUGGAGGAAAUGCUAACAUUAAAACUAAGUCCGACGAAAUUCCGCUACAUUUAGCCGCCUUUGAAGGACACUUUAAAGUAGUCAAAUACCUUGUUGAAUGCGGUUUAAAUGUUGAUAGUAAAAAUAUUGAAGGUCUCACGGCGAUGCAUUUGGCUGUUUUAAAAGGACAUUUGGAAAUUGUUAAAUUCCUUGUUGGACAUGGAGCUGAUAUUUAUAUCAGAGAUAAAUCGGAUAAAACAUCACUACAUUUAGCUGCUGCACAGGGACAUUUCAACAUUGUCAAAUUCCUAGCUGGACUUGGUGUUCCUCUUGGUGGUAGAAACAUCCACGGCUUUACGGCGUUACACGUAGCUGCUUUCCAAGGACAUUUAGAUAUCGUUCAGUUCCUUUUAGAACACGGAGAAGGUAUUCAUAGUAAAAGUAACUGCGGGGCAACGGCACUACAUCUAGCUGCAUCCCAGGGACAUUUGGACAUAGUAAGAUUCCUUAUUGAACUUGGUGCAGCUAUUGAUAUUAAACAUACCAUCGGCCUUACGGCAUAUUUAGGCGUCGUUCUUAUGGAAUAUGGAAAGGAUGUUAAUAUUAAAAAUAAUUCAGGACAAACAGCCCUACAUUUGGCUGCUCUACGGGGAAAUUUGGACAUAGUCAAAUUUCUUGUUACACACGGAGGGGAUCUCAGUAUUAGAGACAAGUCCGGUUCAACGGCGUUACAUCUAGCUGCUUCAAAAGGACAUCUCAGUAUUACCAAAUUCCUUGUUGAACUUGGUACACCCGUUGAUAGUAGGAACAUCGACGGGCUCAACUCGCUACAUCUAGCCGCUUCAGGGAAUCAUUUUGACAUUGUUAAAUUUCUUGUAAUACAUGAAGAGGACGCUAAUAUUAGUGACAAAUUUGGUUCAACGGUACUACAUUUAGCUGCUUCCAAAGGAUAUUUCAACAUUGUUAAAUUUCUUGUUGAAUUUGGGAUAAAUGUUAAUGCUACAAACAUAUUUGGUCUCACGGCAUUGCACUUGGCUGCUCUCGAAGGGUAUUUAGGUAUAGUCGAAAUUCUUGUUGGAUAUAAGGGAAAUAUUAAUACCAGAGAUGAAUUCGGUCAAACUCCAAUACAUUUUGCUGCUUCGCGUGGACAUUCGGAUGUUAUUGUAUUUCUUAUAAUAUUUGGAGGAGAUGUUAAUAUUACAAACAGUUCCGGACAAACAGCAUUACAUUCAGCUGCUUCAAAAGGAUAUUUCAACGUUAUUAAAGCGCUUGUUGACCUUGGGGUAUCUGUUGAUAGUAAAGACAAUAACGGCCUUACAGCACUGCAUUUGGUAGCUGCACAAGGACGUUUGGACGUAGUCAAAUUUCUUGUAGGAUGUGGAGGAGACAUUGAUAUUAAAGACAAAUCUGGACUGACGUUAACAGAUUUGGCUGUUUCACGAGGUCAUUUGGAUGUAGUUAAAUUUCUUACACUAAUUGAACAGAAAUUCUAAUAGUAGAUACACAAAACUAUUUCAUCCGUAAAUGCAUUUUACUGAAAUGGUUAAAGACGCACGAUGCCAAUUCAAGCGAACAAAGAGAGCAAUUGACAGUUAAAAUGCGAUUUUUAGUAAAAUAAAAAUCGAUCACAAGUGUCGAUCAAUGAGAUGGCGUAUUAUCGUGCAACAAACGCGCGAUAUCCUGGUCGGAUACGAUGAAUACGAUGCACCAAACGCUUCAAAACGCUAAUAUAGAAUUGUAUAUUGAGUGUUUGGCCUUGGAAUCGCAAAAGCAAAUCAACAUUGUCUUCACUUUUAACUUCUCCAAACGAGUUUCUUUAGGUUUUAGCUCAUCUGCCGCCUUUAACUCGGCAUUUUGGCGCUUGGUUUCUGGAUCAUAUUGAAAACACACAAGUUUCAUGACCAGUCACAACGUUGUAAAGGAAGUAUUUGUCCUUUUUGGCUUCCUUGGUGAUGUCCUUGGAAUGUGGAAUUCUGAGCAAUUUUUGGUCAUCAGUCAACUUGUGCGGAGCAAACAGAGCACACACUUUUCGGUAGCCCAAAUGUUCAGCCAAAAUGCGAUAAAUGUUUUUGGGAUCCUCAAUUACAAUUCCAUGAAUUUCAAUGAAGAUUUAAAAAAAAAUCAGUGCAAUUCAUAUAUUUGGUGAUACAUUAUAAAUAA